AUGUUCAAAACAUUGACUGCCGCUAUGCAUCACAAAAGAGUUGGGAAAGUGCUUCUCUGUUCCGUAACGUUGAAGUUUACAAAGCGAAAAAUCCUGAAGCGAUCACGCGUGGCAGAGGAACCUCUGCCCCUGCUCGACCAUAACGAGGUCGCAUUUCUGCACACGGCGAAGCUCCAGAAAAUGGCCACAGUUGGACAAACAGCGACCGGAACAUCAAUAUCUGCAGUGACAAAGCCAAGCUCACUUUGUUCAACGCCUGUGCCACUCUAUUCGCAGCAUCAGAAGUACCAGUGCGUGGCAGUUAAUCCGUUCGCAAAUCAGUUAUGUGAGAUGCAGCUUCAACAACCUGCAAACAGUGGCUAUGAAGGGAUUCCCAUCUUUAUCGUACCUCAGAAUAGUUUUGGAGCUUCGCCCGUCUCCCUCGCUGCUCUACAAAGGGCUGCAGAGAUCAAAUCAGCUAUCGCUGCAGCCCCACAGGAACCCAAAAUUGAUACCAGUAAGCACUUCCACGUUUUCGUCGGAGAUCUCAGUCCUGAAGUUGACAAUAAGGCAUUAAAAGAAGCUUUUUCUGUACAUGGUGAAGUAAGUGAGGCGAAGGUCAUCCGCGAUUCCCAGACGCAAAAAUCGAAGGGCUAUGGAUUUGUCUCAUAUCCGUCGAAAGAAAAUGCAGAAAAAGCCAUAGCAUCGAUGAAUGGUUAUCGGCUGGGACGGCGCGCCAUCCGCACCAAUUGGGCUACGCGAAGGUCGGCAGACGAAGCGAGGGAAAAGCUAACCUUCGAACAGGUAUUCAACUCCACCAAACCAGAUAACACAUCGGUCUAUGUAGGAAAUGUCAAUCCGAACACCACUGAGAACGAUCUCCGAGAACCGUUUUCGGUACAUGGAGAGAUCACAGAAGUGAGACUUUUCAAAGCGCAAGGAUAUGCGUUUGUUCGAUACGAACGCAAAGAAUGCGCCACAAAUGCUAUCAUGGAUAUGAACGGCAAAGAGAUAGGAGGGAACACAAUCCGUUGCUCAUGGGGACGAAUGCAGCAAAUGACACCAACGACGCAGGUAUUUCCGGAUCUAACGCCACUACUCACACCGUCUUUUCUACCAAACACUGUCGCUAUGCCGAGUGUUUUCUACAACCCAUUCUUUCCGCAAGUCUACAACCCCACUCACAUUCCUCAGUGGCAGACCUAGAGUGACAAGUCCCCUAGAAACCGAAGCUAGUCAAGAUGCAUUGUUCUCCUCCUCCACUUCAGUGACGGAUCAGCUUCAAAGAGCAUGCUAAUAAGUGCUACAUGUGUGUUAAUAAUGUGAACGUGUCUUUUAUAACUUUUUGAAUGCGUUUGCAUGCAUUUUCGUCGUUCGAGUCAUCCUCCAGUGUAAAUAGGAAUACAUUCUUUCUCUUGUCAUUCGCAAAUUCUCCUCGUCAAUUUUGCUUGUAUGAUAUGAAAUCUCUUUUUGAACGGUGAUUAUCUCUAAUUGCUACAACUUUCUAAGAAGAGAAUUACAAGGUUAUGAGCCAGAAAAUCAUUAAUCGUAUGUUCAUAAACAAUGAAGAAUGAAGAUGUAAGCGGUG